CGCCCCCCGUCCCCACACGGCCCGCACCCCGCCCCUGGCGGCCGCCUCGCGCGGCUCCCGGGGUCCCCCGCUCCGUGUCCCCGGAGCCCGCGCCCCGCGCCCGCGCCCGCUCCCGCGCGGCUCGCAGCCCCGCCGCGCCGCCCCCCGCAUGCUAAUGGCCGGGCCGCCUCCCGCCGCACACAAUGCGGGCCAGGGCCGGGGGCGGGGGACCGGGGAGGGGGCGGGGGCCGGGCCGGGGGCGGGGGGGCCGGGGCCCGGCGCAUCUCCCCCGGCCCCACGUAACGCUGACGCCCGCGCCGCCGGCCCGCCGCCCGCCGCCGCCGCCGCCGCCCGCUCCGCCGCCGCCCGCCCGGGGCCCCUCUUCAGCACCUGUUGCCUUCACUAGCAGCUUUUCCUCCUCUUCUUCCCUGCACUCCCCAGAACCAAAGAAUGUGAAGGGGGUCCAUGGAGGGCUCACGUCCCCGCGCCUCGGGCGGCCACUUAGCGCCAUCACCACCGGCCUUCGAAGGCGAGCUGGAUCUGCAGCGCUACUCCAACGGGCCGGGCGUGAGCGCCGGCUCUCCGGGAAUGGGAGCAGUGGCCUGGUCUGAGAGUCGCACGGGCGAGCGGCGCUUCCCCUGCCCCGUGUGCGGGAAGCGCUUCCGCUUCAACUCCAUCCUGGCUCUGCACCUGCGGGCGCACCCGGGCGCCCAGGCCUUCCAGUGCCCGCACUGCGGCCACCGGGCAGCGCAGCGCGCCCUGCUGCGCUCGCACCUGCGCACGCACCAGCCCGAGCGGCCCCGCAGCCCCGCCGCGCGCCUGUUGCUGGAGCUGGAGGAGCGCGCGCUCCUGCGCGAGGCCCGAAUGGGGCGGGCCCGAGGCUCCGGGGGCGUGCAGUCCCCCUCCGCCCCCGAAGGCCUGGCGAGAUCCCAGGCCCACUCGUCGUCGUCGUCGUCGUCGUCGUCCGCCUUCCGCUGCCCCUUCUGCAAGGGCAAGUUCCGCACGGCGGCCGAGCGCGAACGCCACCUGCACAUCUUGCACCGGCCCUGGAAGUGCGGCCUGUGCAGUUUCGGCGCCAGCCAGGAGGAGGAGCUGCUGCACCACAGCCUGACGGCCCACGGGGCUCCCGAGCGCCCCCUGGCGGCCGCGUCGGCGCCACCCCAGCCGCCACCGCCACCGCCGCCGCCGCCGCCGCCACCGCCGCCGCCACCCGCGCCGGAACCCAGAUCCGUCCCGGAGCCCGAGCCCGAGCCGGAGCCCGAACCCGAACGCGAACGCGAACGCGAGGCCACCCCGGCCCCGGCGCCCGCCGCACCCGAGGAGCCGCCGGCGCCUCCCGAGUUCCGCUGUCAAGUGUGUGGCCAGAGCUUCACGCAGUCCUGGUUUCUCAAGGGCCACAUGCGCAAGCACAAGGCCUCCUUCGACCACGCGUGCCCCGUGUGCGGCCGCUGCUUCAAGGAGCCCUGGUUCCUGAAGAACCACAUGAAGGUGCACGCCAGCAAGCUGGGCCCGCUGCGGGCCCCGGCACCCGCCUCCGGGCCCGCGCGCGCGCCCCCGCCGCCCGACCUGGGCCUGCUGGCCUACGAGCCGCUGGGCCCCGCGCUCCUGCUGGCCCCGGCGCCCAGCCCGGCCGAGCGCCGGGAGCCCCCGAGCCUCCUCGGCUACCUGAGCCUUCGAGGAGCCGGAGAGGCGCGGCCCAACGGCGAGGGAGCCGAGCCCGGCGCCGGCCGAAGCUUCGGGAGCUUCUGCCCGCUGCCCUCCGCGCUCCCGGCCCGCGCGCGCAGGCACCGCACCGAGGAGCCCGAGGAGGAGGAGGAGGUGGUGGAGGCCGAGGAGGAGACCUGGGCCCGGAGUGGGCGCACGCUGGGCCCCCUGGCGUCCAUGCAUCCACGGCCAGGAGAGGGGUCCGGGCCCACGGCGCCUGCCGCGGGGGCCGCGGCGCGACCCGCCGCCACGCAGGAAGAGAAUGGGCUGCUCGCUGGAGGGGCGCGGCCGUCUGAAGGGGGCCGGGGUGCCACUGGCAAGGAUUGUCCCUUCUGCGGGAAGUCUUUCCGCUCGGCACAUCACCUCAAAGUGCAUCUUCGAGUGCACACAGGUGAACGCCCCUACAAGUGUCCACACUGCGACUACGCGGGCACCCAGUCUGGCUCGCUCAAGUAUCACCUGCAGCGCCACCACCGGGAGCAGAGGAGCGGGGCAGGGCCCGGGCCACCCCCAGAGCCGCCCCCCGCGCCCCAGCGGGGCUCCGCCAAGUCGGCCCCUCCGCAGCCCGCGACCUGGGUGGAGGGCGCUGCCAGCCCGCGGCCGCCGUCGAGCGGCGCCGCCGCGCCGGGGCCCCGUCGCAAGCCCGCCAGCCCCGGGAGGACCCUGCGCAACGGGCGAGGCGGUGAGGCCGAGCCCCUGGACCUGUCCCUGCGGGCGGGCCCGGGAGGGGAGGCCGGGCCCGGGGGUGCCCUCCACCGAUGCCUCUUCUGCCCCUUCGCCACUGGCGCCCCCGAGCUCAUGGCUCUGCACCUGCAGGUGCACCACAGCCGCAGGGCCCGGGGCCGCCGUCUGCCCCCGGCCGCCGACGCCUCGCCCUUCGCCCGAGCGCCCUCGGGGGAAUCGCCUCCCAGCCCUCCGCAGGAAGGGGAGGAGGGCCCGGGGCUGUCGAGGUCGGGAGAGGCCGGGCUAGGGGGCCAAGAACGGUAGGGAGCCCGCUUAGGGCCACUUAGCUUAGUGAGCUCACCCCGCCGGAGCGGGGGAGCGCUAGAGGUAGUUGGGUAGAGCAGCCAGCAGGGGGCAGCGUGGGACCCGUAUCCCAGCCCCAGGCGGACCGGAGGUGUUGGGGGCGGCGGGCAUAGAAGGGUGGGCGGGCAAUACCCCACCCGGCCCAGGGGAGAGUCACAGUGCCUUAGAAGUGGCAGGGGUGUGGAUCAAAGAACGGGGUCCCAGGGCUGGCAGAGAGGGUGGUGCCUCCGUGGAGGUGCCGUUCUGCCAGUCUUUGCUGGUCCAUAGGCGUGAGAGUUUAUUUUUGUACAAUGGGUGGGGGUGGGGGCACUGUACCCUUCUAGCCCCUUCAGGGGCCCUGUAGACCUCGCUAUUUUUGGUACAAUUCCUGUCAUUCCCUGUCGCAGAGUUGUGUCCCCAAUAAACAGGUGUCUUGAGGCACAGGG